UGUGUUCACAAUUAAGCUAACUAGAUAAUUCAAGUGGAAUGUAUCUCAUUUUAACGAUAGUUUUGAAAGCGUUCAUUCUCACUGCCUCAUGUGUUUUGUGUUUGGACAAUGGAAUGGCUACGUUACCACCAAUGGGUUGGAUGACAUGGCAACGAUUUCGAUGUCAAAUUGACUGUCACAACUACCCAGAUGAUUGUAUUAGUGAGAAGUUGAUUAAACGUACUGCCGACAGUCUAGUAUUAGAUGGUUGGAGAGAUUUAGGUUAUCGUUAUGUAAUAAUAGAUGAUUGUUGGCCAGAAUGGAAACGGGAUUCGAAAACAAAUGAAAUAGUUGCAGAUUAUAAACGAUUUCCCAAUGGUAUUAAAAGUGUUGGACAAUAUCUACAUUCUAAACAUCUACUAUUUGGCAUAUAUCUCGAUUAUGGAACUAGAACAUGUGAAGGUUAUCCAGGAAGUAUGAAUUAUUUGGAAGUGGAUGCCAAAAGUGUGGCUAAAUGGGAAGCAGAUUAUGUAAAAAUGGAUGGAUGUAAUAGUCCACAAAAAAUAAUGCCAGAAGGUUAUGAAAAGUUCUCCAAAUUAUUGAAUGCAACUGGCAGACCAAUAGUGUUCUCAUGCAGUUAUCCUGCUUACAUUCCUUGGAUGAAAAAUACUAGUUUGAUUGACUGGAAGAGAUUAAAGAAUAAUUGUAAUCUGUGGCGUAUGUUGGGUGACGUUCAAGAUGGCUGGUCAUCGGUUAUCAGUAUUAUAAACGCAUAUAAACUCCAAAAUCAUAUAUUACCAAAGUUGGCUGGUCCAGGACACUGGAAUGAUCCUGAUAUGUUGUUGAUGGGAAAUUUCGGUCUUUCAGAUGAUCAGAAACGAGUUCAAAUGGGUAUGUGGUGUAUGUUCGCUGCUCCACUACUGAUCUCAGCUGACAUGGACAAGUUAGAUAUUUUCAGUGUAUCUCUGUUGCGUAAUGCACGUUUAUUGGCUAUAGAUCAAGAUAAAGGUGGACAUCAGGCGGAAUUCGUCAAGUCACGAAAUGAUGUACAGAUGUGGGUGAGACAAUUAGAUACAGAUCCAGUUGGUUGGGCAAUCGCUUUUCUUUACACAGCUGAUGGUGGUGGACCAAUCAACUUCUACACAAGUCUUGGUGAAUUCAAAUCACGAUCGUAUAAGAUAUCCGGAGACCAGUUUGAAUUAGUCGAUGUGUUCAGUGGGGAUAAAAUGAAAGUGGUUCAACGAAGAGAGAAGUUAAAGAUUUCUAUCAAUCCAAAUGGGAUAAUGAUGUAUCGAGUUAGACGUGUUCAACUAAAUACCGCUUCUGGAGAAAUUGAUGGACCGUUUCAGACAUUGUUAUUGCCCUAAGAAAUUCAACUCAUUAUUUCAAUAUCAUAUGAAAUGAACAGUUCUUGAUUGAAAUAACUAUUUUAAUACACAGUGUUCUAGAGAUGGAUCCAUUCAGUCACUUAUCUCAUUGGUAUGAUGUGAUUUUAUUUCAGUUGAAGCACUUGCUACGAUGCAAAAUAUUGUCGAUAUUUUAGGAAUGUUGUGAAGUAAUCGCUGAAAUUGUUGAAAAUAGUCAGUGACACAUGGAUUUAUAAACUGAUCUUAUAUGAAUUGAGAUUAUCCGAAAAUGAAAAUAAGCCAGUAGUACAUGAAUGAACGAGAACAUCAUGUUAU